AUGCAGGCCCCCCGCCGCCCGGGCCGCUGGGCCAGCCUCCCCAGCCCCAACGUGCGCGAGGCGGCCUCCAUGUACGGCACGGCGGUGGCCGUCUUCCUGGUCAUCCUGGUAGCCGCGCUGCAGGGCUCGGCGCCCCCAGAGAGCCCCCUCCCCUACCGCGUCCCCCUGGACCCCCAGGGCACCCUGGAGCUGUCCUGGAAUGUCAGCUACGCGCAGGAGGUCGUCCACUUCCGGCUGCUGGUGCGGGCGCUCCAGGCCGGCGUCCUGUUCGGGAUGUCCGACCGCGGGGAGCUGGAGAACGCAGACCUGGUGGUGCUCUGGACCGACGGCGACAGCGCCUACUUUGCCGACGCCUGGAGCGAUGGACAGGGGCGGGUCCACCUGGACGGCCGGCAGGAUUACCAGCUGCUGCGGGCACAGAGCACGCCGGACGGCCUGGUCCUGCUCUUCAAGAGGCCUUUCAGCACCUGCGACCCCAAGGACUACCUCAUUGAGGACGGCACCGUCCACCUGGUCUACGCCUUCCUGGAGGAGCCGUUCCGGUCGCCGGAGGCCAUCAACGCCUCGGGCCUGCGGGGCGGGCUGCAGCGGGUGCAGCUGCUCAAGCCCGAGGUCCCCGAGCCGGCCAUGCCCCCCGACACGCGGACGCUGGAGGUGCGGGCCCCCGACGUGCUGAUCCCCGGCCAGGAGACCACGUACUGGUGCCACAUCGCAGAGCUUCCCCAGGGCUUCGGCCGGCACCACAUCGUCAUGUACGAGCCGGUCGUCAGCGAGGGCAAUGAGGCCCUGGUGCACCACAUGGAGGUCUUCCAGUGCAGCGCCGAGUUCGAGAGCUUCCCCCACUUCAGCGGGCCCUGCGACUCCAAGAUGAAGCCGCACCGCCUCAACUACUGCCGCCACGUGCUGGCCGCCUGGGCCCUGGGCGCCAAGGCCUUCUACUACCCGGAGGAAGCCGGCCUCGCCUUCGGGGGCCCCGGCUCCUCCCGCUUCCUGCGUCUGGAAGUGCACUACCACAACCCACUCAGGAUGGAAGGCCGUCAUGACUCCUCGGGCAUCCGGCUGCACUACACGGCCACGCUGCGGCGCUUCGACGCGGGCAUCAUGGAGCUGGGCCUGGUGUACACGCCCGUGAUGGCCAUCCCGCCCAGGGAGACAGCCUUCGUCCUCACCGGCUACUGCACGGACAAGUGCACCCAGCUGGCGCUGCCACCCUCCGGCAUCCGCAUCUUUGCCUCACAGCUGCACACACACCUGACCGGGAGGAAGGUGCUCACGGUGCUGGCCCGGGACGGCCGGGAGAGGGAGAUCGUGAACAGGGACAACCACUACAGCCCCCACUUCCAGGAGAUCCGCAUGCUGAAGAAGGAGGUGACCGUGUACCCGGGGGACGUGCUCAUCACCUCCUGCACCUACAACACGGAAGACAGGACGCUGGCCACCGUGGGCGGCUUCGGGAUCCUGGAGGAGAUGUGCGUCAACUACGUGCACUACUACCCCCAGACGCAGCUGGAGCUGUGCAAGAGCGCCGUGGACGCCGGCUCCCUGCAGAAGUAUUUCCACCUCGUGAACAGGUUCAACAGCGAGGACGUGUGCACCUGCCCCCAGGCCUCCGUCCCUCGGCAGUUUGCCUCCGUGCCCUGGAACUCCUUCACCCGCGACGUGCUCAGGGCCCUGUACGGCUUCGCCCCCAUAGCCAUGCACUGCAACAAGUCCUCGGCUGUCCGCUUCCAGGGCGAAUGGGACCUGCAGCCCCUGCCCGAGAUCACGUCCACGCUGCGGGAGCCCACCCCGCAGUGCCCGGCCAGCCAGGCUCAGAGCCCCGCCGGCCCCACCGUGGUCAGCAUCAGUGGAGGCAAAGGCUGACGGGGUGGCCUCGCGUGGCUCUGCCCGGGCCCCCGUGGGACAGCUCUGUGUCCCC